AUGCCUAUUGCGACGGACUUUCCUAGCAUCCAAAAAACGAAGGACGACGUUGAUUACAUCGACGCCGUAGUCAAGCAGAUAGAACACAGAAUUAAGCAGCUUGUGGCUGAACGAAUCUACCUUAAUCGAAAACGCAAUAGCUACUCGCCCGCCGUCAAACUGCCUCCCGAGCUACUGUCGCUCAUCUUUCAGUUUGCUUGCCUACCCGAUGAAGGACACCAACUUGAAUAUCACACGCCAACCAUGUACCAUUACGGAGAAAUAAACCAGGGCCUAUGUAUUGGGAAAGGUGCUUUGACCCCAUUCUUUCUUGGCACCAUCUGCAGUGCGUGGCGACAAGUCGCACAGGACACCUCACAGCUCUGGUGUGCCGUCAUUGUGUAUAUGAAUCAGCGGCAUGCAGAUUCACAAGCUGCCCUGCUCAAAUCAUGGCUCAAGCGCUCUGGACAACGUCCCAUCUCCGUGAAGCUUGUAGAGGGAGACAAGGCGAAUAAUCGAGACGCUGACUGGCCCACAGACGUCACGGAUAUAGAAGGGGAUGCCAACCACGAAAGAGCCGACCGGUGGCCCGCCGAUUUCGUCGAUGUCUCGUCAGCUGUAAUCAACGUACUCGCCUCCCACUCAAAACAAUGGCACACAAUUGAUAUAUUCGUCCCUCACUCAUGGAAGUUAGAACUUGCAAAAGUGCGCCAUAAUAUCCCUCUGUUAACGAGCUUGACGCUGCGCGUGGCAGACACCUGCCCUUCACUUGCAUACAUCGACGUAUUCGCCUACGCCCCCCAGCUACACUCGGUCCACCUGGUAGGGUACUCAGUCACAGAUAUCUGUCUUCCUUGGAAGCAAUUGUGCCAUCUUGAGGGGGAAUACUUCAGUUCAUGGGAUUGCCUCAAAGCCAUGCAUCUUGGGGUACGACUUAGGAAGUGCCAGUUCGAACAGCUCUGUCACGGAUUGGAGUUUACCACCUUCAAUAGCCGGCCUAUCAAGCACGAGUAUCUUACUUCGUUCGAAUUGUUGAUGAAGACUACGCACGAGCUCGAUACCUUUCUCAGCUCGCUGAUGUUACCUAAUCUGAAAGAACUCGUGGUGUCGCUAUCCGAUGAAGAGUCUCUGUUGUGGCCCAUAAUCCCGCUGAUGCGUCGUUCAGAUUUCAAACUACAGCUUCUUCAUCUCCUUGGCACAACACCGGAUGAAGAACAAUUGAUCGGGUUUUUAAAGGUGCAGCCGUGGAUUAAGUCUUUGAUACUCCUCAACCCACUGGUUACCACAGGUGGAACUCUGGGCUAUAGCUUUAUUGAAGCGAUGACGCCCAUGAAGGCCAGAAAGGAAUAUGACCAGCCAAUAGCCUAUCUCCUUCCAAUGCUUGAGCAUUUUGAGUAUCAAGGCGCCACAUCGUUCACUCCACACAGCCUUGUUCGUCUUCUUUCCAAACGGUGGCAAACAGGUGCGCAAAUUUUGGGUGAGGCCCCAGUUACACAUCGUCAGCCACUCCCCUACCCAAUCCCUGCAGUUAAGGUCCUUCAAAUGCAAAAAGUCGAACCAGCUCUUCUCCGCUCAGUGACCAUCACCAUUUCCAGGGCAUGGAAUUUAACAUUGUCUGACACACAGAUAGUUCAACGUCUUGAGGAAGAGGGCAUGCAUAUCCAACUUCUCGAAUUCCCCUCUCGCAACCGUAGGAGGCGUAUUUAG